CCGUUUUCUAUCCGCGGUGUCUCUCGUCUUCGGGAAUCCAUAGUUUGGUGAAGCGAGAGAGCCUUGGCUACUUGCUCCGAUCCAUCCAUCGUCUCCUUGAAGGCUUCGAAUCCAGUGGCCUCUUUAGCCCCUGCUCCGUGCCCUCCUUCGAGAGCCCCAGCCCUCCCGAAGGGCUUCCUCGGCCUGAGGGCGAGCAAGGGCUUCCGUCCUCUCUCCACCCGCUUGGCCUCUGCCAAGAGAUCAUCCUCAACAAGUUUCUGCGUCAAAGCUGCAUUCGAGAGCGACCUGCCUUUGGUUGGAAAUAAAGCGCCGGAUUUUGAAGCCGAAGCUGUUUUCGAUCAGGAAUUCAUUAAUGUCAAACUCUGAUUAUAUUGGGAAGAAAUAUGUUAUUCUGUUUUUCUAUCCACUUGACUUUACAUUCAUCUGUCCUACUGAGAUAACUGCUUUUAGUGACCGCUACUCAGACUUUGGGAAGUUAAAUACAGAGAUUCUAGGUGUUUCAGUUGACAGUGUGUUCUCCCAUCUUGCAUGGGUUCAAAUGGACAGGAAGUCAAGGGGCCUUGGAGAUCUGAAGUAUCCAUUGAUUUCUGAUGUUACUAAAUCAAUUUCAAAAUAUUUCGGGGUGCUGAUUCCAAAUCAGGAUAUUGCAUUGCGGAACUGUUCAUCAUUGACGAGGAAGGAGUGAUUCAACAUUCAACCAUUAAUAACCUUGCCAUUGGCCAGAGUGUUGAUGAAACCAUGAGGACUCUUCAGGUAAUAAGU